AUGGCUGCUUCUCCAGGAGCGGAAAGUUUUUCAUCUUACGUAUGUUUGUCAAAUAAACCAUUACGGUUUGAUCCAGUGAGCCGAGAGAAUAGCGUAUUCUUUGAUGAAGCUAACAAACAGGUAUUUUCAGUACGUCAAGUUGAAGGUUACACCAGAAUCAUCGUAAAAGGACCCGACCAUCAGAAAAUUUCGCGUUUUGACAUCCCAGACAAAGGUCAUGUUGCAUCAAUCAAGUUUUCACCAGACCAGACCAUUCUCGCUGUGCAAAGAACAGCUAAGACUGUUGAUUUCAUGAAUUUCAUUCAAGGUUCAGAUGGAAAGGAAUAUCAGCAAUCAUGCAAGAGCAAGUCGGCCCAAAUCAUUGGGUUUAAUUGGACUGGAGCCAAUGAGAUUGUGUUUAAUACAAAUCAAGGAUUGGAGCUCUAUCAGGUUUUUCCAGAGAAAAAUAGUCUUAAAUUAAUCAAGAACUACAGUGUACAAGUCAACUGGUUUGUGUAUAUGGCUGACAUUACAUUAUUGCUAUUCUCAUCCACGUCAUUAGGGAAUGUGAUUCACCCUUAUUCAAUCAGGGCUGGUGCAGUUACCAGGCUGCCUAAGUUUGAAGUUGAACUCCCCCCUGUUUCCACACAAAAACCCAAACCAACCCCCCUGCUGGAGAGAGAUGUCACAAUUUCAGUGCUGUAUGGUGAGGUGUAUGUGAUCAUUUUGAGGACACAAUCAAGAUCUAACAGACCUCGUGGAGAAUCGCGAUUAACAAGUGGGGCUGAGGUUGUUCUGUAUCAUUUGUCCAGUGAUCGUCCAGCACGAAAGUCAUAUGUUCUUCAGCUCAACACCUGCGGUCGUUUUGCUGUAAAUACGGUGGAUAAUCUUAUCGUCGUUCAUCACCAAGCUUCCAAGACAAGCAUGGUGUUUGAUAUAAAAAUGAAGGGGGUAUCUGAUGGCCAAGUUACGUAUCUCGAACCAGUUCUAGCUCCCCUUUCUAUUGAGUCGUUCACUUUGUAUGAAGGUACUGCAGCAUGCAGCUCGCCCGAAGAUCGUAAAAUAACUAAUUGUGAAAUGUAUUCGGCGAAUUGGAUCGUCUUUCAACCGAAUAUAAUAAUUGACGCGAAACUUGGUUGCCUUUGGGGAGUCUACAUGAAGUUGAACCCACUUCUGAAUAUGAUAGCGGACAAGGCAAUGUUGAUCGAGUUUUUGCUUCUAAGACGAAAUUCCAAGGGGAAUAUUAUCGAUGUUUGCAAGCAAGCAUUAAUGCCUCUAUCUCAUUGUCCACUGGCGAUGAUAUCCAAGAUCUUUGAUAGACUAAACCGCGCGUAUUUUAACUGCUUGGAGAAUGAGGGAAACUCAUCGCAGACAGACCAAAGCAAACGAACUCCAACGUCAAACAAGGCCAGAAAUCGUCGUGUUGUCGAUCAGGAAGAUAUGUACAGAGAUGUGUUCUCGCCUGUUGUUGCACACGAGCACAAAUACAAGUUUAUAGUUUCCGUGUUGAUCGAGUACAUAAGAUCGUUGAAUGAACUACAAAUUGUUGUCGAGUAUUGUAUUCACGAACUCUUGAUCAAUAUUCUUGUGCAUAAUAAACGCUACUAUCAGCUUCAUCAACUGUUGCAGUAUCAUGUAAUUACUGAUUCCAAGCACCUGGCUUGUGUAAUGUUGUCGUUGGAAAAAGCUUACCCCCCGGCUUAUCAGUUGUCUCUCGACAUGCUCAAGAGGUUAAAUUCGGCGAAUGAAACAAUUGUUGAAAUACUAUUAUCCAAGGGUCAGCUAUUACCAGCACUUCGUUUCCUCAGAAGCAUAACAAGCGAGGACUCCGUUUCGCCGAGGAAAUUUCUCGAGGCGGCACUCAAUACAGGCGACUCAACGCUAUUUUAUACUGUUUUUAAAUUUUUUGAACAACGUAAUCAAAAGUUGCGAGGGCAUCCUAUGUUUGUCCCAGGCGAGCACUGUGAACAAUUUGUGGAGUUAUUUGAGACGAAAUUCGGUGAUGGAAUACAGAAACUGCCUUUGAAAACGUGAGACGGUCAUUGUUGUUUUUGCA